GAUUGCAUCGCCGUCUUCACCCCAAGUCACAUCCUUAUUCUCUAAUCUCUUCAGUUCCCUAAUUCUGAACUCAUCUACAUUCUAGCUAGCCAAUCAUAUUGAUCAGCCAUAAUAUGGAUCAAUAUCGCAAUCAAACUCCCAUCACUAACUUAGUUUUCUCCUCUCUUCUGGUGGCUUCUGCUUUUCUCUUUCUUCUCUCUUUCCCUUUCUCUCACCCUUUGCUUUCCCUCCACCACCAGCACCACCACCAUCCCCCUUCUUCUUCUUGGAACCUAAUUCCCAACUCAUCAGCCGCCAUAGAUGUAGCGGGUGGUGGAGAUGGGCUUGAUGCAGCUCUAGCACGAGCAUCGUUGGGGAAGAAGGAGAAGACAGUGAUAAUAACAGUGAUAAACAAGGCCUAUGCAGAGGCAGAUCAGGAAAACACCUCCAUGCUUGACCUGUUUCUCGAAAGCUUUUGGGUCGGAGAAGGGACAAGACCUUUGGUCGAUCAUGUUCUGUUCGUGGCGAUUGAUCAGACGGCGUACGAGAGGUGUCAGUUUCGACGGCUGAUCUGCUUCAGAUUAGAAACGGACGGUGGAGAUUCAGAGAGCGAGAAACUGUACAUGUCGAGCGACUUCAUCGAAAUGAUGUGGACUCGAACGCUUUUCCUCUUACAAGUCCUCAAACGAGGCUAUGGCUUCGUUUUCACGGAUACAGAUAUAAUGUGGCUAAGAAACCCCUUUACAAGAUUAAGCAAGAACAAGAGUGAAGAUUUUCAAAUCAGCACAGACAAGUAUUUAAGAAAUCCAUGGUCAGAAAGACACUUAAUCAACACUGGAUUUUACUUCAUUCGAUCAAACAACAAGACCAUUUCCUUGUUUGAAACAUGGUACUCGAAGAAGGACAAUUCCACCGGACAAAAGGAACAAGAUGUUCUAUUAGAUCUCAUAGCACAUGAUGGGAUAUUUGGAGAACUAGGGCUAAGAGUAAGAUUCUUGGACACCCUUUAUUUUAGUGGGUUUUGUGAGGAUAGUAAAGACCUUAGGGUUGUCACAACCGUCCAUGCCAAUUGUUGCCGGAGUAUCGCCGCGAAGGUGGCCGAUCUCACGAUAGUUCUCCGUGAUUGGAAGCGAUUCAAGAAGAUAUCAGAAAAGGGUGGUAAUUUGACAGCUAACUAUCAAUGGACAGGACACUUUAGAUGUUGGAAGUCAUGGAAUGCAUGACUAACAGUUUAGAGUUACGAGUCUACUUAAGUCUUAUUAUGUUUCUAUUUCUCUCAUUUAAUUUAUUGAAUAAAUUAUGAGUCGGAAUAACAAUAUGAUUUUUUA